AUAGCGCCAUCUAUCUUGGCUAACCAAAACAGAACAACGCCAUCUACUUGGCUAACUGAAAUAACAAACCUGCAUGUACUAGUUAGUACCAAUAAUCACCGUCGCUACUUUUGUGUUGAUGGCGCCUCUGUCUGACGCGUUGAUCUGACGUAUGAUCUGGCAACUGGCACGUGAUUUGCCACUCGACCGGAAGUGCGACGCAAGUUAUCGAGCUGCGCCAUUAGUGACGCGUGACGUGGCGCGCUGACAUGCCACUCGGUAUAAGUGACAAAUAUUAGUGGCACGUAACAUUAUUGUUGUUACUAACAAAAGUUGUAUAAAAUGAGGGACGAUUACGAAUACAACAAUCAAUUAAUCCAAAUGAUCCAAGAAAGACCAUGUCUAUUCGAUUACAACAGACCCGAUUAUAGGAACAGGAACGUUCAAGAUGCUGCGUGGUUAGAAAUAUCAAAUAAAAUGAAUGAAUCGGUUGCCGAUUGCAAAGAGAGAUGGAAAAACAUACGGGGAUGUUACACGAGGCAUUUAAAAAAUCGUAACAGAGCGUCCGGCUCUUCUUCGAAGUCGAAAUACGUCAAACCAUAUUAUUUGGCUGAGCAGCUACAGUUUUUGGAUGGUUUCACGAAAACCAGACCACCGAAGGGGUUCUUUUAUGCGGAACCAAGAGCAGAAAUGGAUCAGGAAGACCUUGAAAUGGAGGAGGAUUCUGACAACAGUUGUGAUGCUGAAACGCCGUCCCCUAUCCCUUCACCCGUACAUAAAAAGGCAGUUAAAAGGGAGUCAGAAAUGUUUUCUAAACCAAACGACGUUAAGAAACCUAAAAAAGUAUCUCUAAAUGACGUAAACACAUUUGCCGUGGAAUAUUUCAAGUCGAAACAAAAGAUGACUGAACACAGCGAACAUCGGGACCCAGAUUUCGCGUUCCUGUACAGUUUAUUACCGGAUAUGAAGGACAUGACUCGCGAACAGAAACGCAAGUUCAAAAUGGGUGUGCUUCAAUUAGUCGGCGAUGUACUGGAAGAUAAUACUUAAUUAUUAAAUGUUUAGAUUAUCAACAAAUUUCGGCCGAAGUGGUUUAUAGAGGCGUCAAGUGAAUUCAAAAUCUCCCACUAAAAUGACUUAAUUAUUGUUUUUCAAUUUCACAAUUAGGUACUACUUAAAUUAUUAUAAAGUUUAUUGAAUACUGAGACUAAGUAAUGCCCGUUUUAAACAAAAUUCCUGUAUGUGAUACCAUAAGGGUCACAUAAAAAAUAAGGAUUGAUGGUGAAAACAGUCAUAAAACUUGUAUUAAUUUAAGGUAUCCCGUAAAAUUAAGGUGUAAAUAAUAAAUACAUUUGUUUUAAAUAUAUGUACCUACUUGUUUUAAUAACAUUUUCUAGAUUUAAAUUGAUGGAUGGUAUGACGUUUACCAAUUAACUAAGAAAAAAUAAUUUUACUUUACUAAGUACUAAUAAAAGUAAACAUAACAAUACGUUAUUAUACCUAACAUAGGUAGAA